UAUAUCCAUGCCCUAAGGAACUCCAGCCUGGACGAUUCUGCGAUGGCCGAGGACGAUAUUGAGCGACUCAGAAAUCCCCUCGAGGAAGAAGUUACGCUUAACGACCCCGAUGAACGUUACGCUGUCGAUCUCUACAUUUCACUCACCGAUGGCGAUACCUCUGAUGAAUCGUAUACAAAAGCUCGGGACGCCUAUCACCGCCAUCCGAACCACUCCGAAAUUCUCUCUCUCCACUCCGUCAAGCGAAAAAUCUCGGACAUUACAGGGAUUACUUCCAUCAUACACGACAUGUGCCCCAACAUCUGUCAUGCAUACACGGGGCCGCUCGCCGACCUCGAUAACUGCCAAAUCUGCGGUGAGCCACGGCGAGACGAUUCUGGCCGCCCUCGACUUCAAUUCCAUACCUACCCAUUUGGGCCACAGGUGCAGGCACGCUAUCGCUCGCCCAAGGCAGCGGAGGAGAUGCACUACCUCGGAAGGGAGAUGGAGUUCGUCGCGGAAAGGAUUCGCGCAUCGGGAAGGCUCAGCCAGUUCGAUGAUAUCUGCUACGGUGCCGAUGUCUGGGAGGAAUACGAGCGUGGCGCGAUUGGGCCAAACGACACGCUUGCCAUUCUUUCAAUGGACGGAGCGCAGUUGUACAAGAACAAGGAGUCAAAUUGCUGGAUCUAUAUCUGGAUUCUCGUGAACGUGUCGCCUCUGAAACGGUACAAGAAGGCGUACAUCAUACCUGGAGCUAUUAUUCCUGGACCUGGAAAGCCAAAAUUAGCGGACUCGUAUAUAUUUCCUGGCCUUCAACAUUUUAUCGCGCUUCAGAGGGAGGGUCUUACGAUCUGGGAUGCAUCGACGAGCGCCACAUUCAUCUCUCGACCAUACCUCCUUCUUGCCACUGCUGAUGCUGUCGGUGCUCCGGCUUUUCAUGGAGGUGUUGGUCACCACGGAAGGCGGGGCUGUAGGGAAGGGUGCAUCAGGAUUGGACGCCGGAAACCGGAUGGGUCGCAUUACUACGCUGCAUGUCUCAAACCACAUGGAUAUGCCGUCGAAGGCUGCACUCAUGAAGACGUCGACCCAGCAAAUAUCAACUAUUCCACAGAGGAGCAACUCUUGGAGAGUAUGAAAUAUCUUGUGGCCUCCACGAAUGCCACCGAAUACCAGCGCCGCCGUCUAGAGACUGGGUAUACCCGCCCAAGUAUUUUCUGGGGCAUGACUCGCCGAUCAUCCCUACUUCGUCUCUUUCCCGGGGACAUCAUGCACCUCCUUGGCCUCAAUAUUCCCGAUCUCUUCAUUCAUCUUUGGCGGGGACUCUUUUACUGCGACACCGACCUAGGUGAUAACAAAAACACGUGGGAAUGGGUGGUCUUAGUAGGAGAUGUGUGGAAGCUGCUUGGGAAAGAGAUUGGCGAGGCGCGCCGAUUUUUUCCUGGAUCCUUCGACCGUCCUCCUCGUAACCCAGCCGAAAAAAUCAAUAGCGGUUACAAGUGUUGGGAGUUCAUCCACCUCUUUUACGGUAUCCUCCCGGGAUUUCUCCACGGUAUUCUUCCCGACUUAUACUGGCGGCACUUCUGUAAACUUGUGACCGCUGCACGCAUCAUCUUUCAGCCCAAGGUCCACCGUACGCAACUGGAAUUCGCCUGUCAUCUUCUUCGUCAGUUUAGUUACGAGUACGAGAUCAUCUAUGUCCGCCGAAAGAUCUCUCGACUUCACUUCGUCCCACAAUGCAUGCACGGGCUGGGCCACCUCUCUCCUUCCACCAUUCGUAUUGGACCCCUUCCCCUUUCUUGUCAAUUCCCAAUUGAGCGCACCAUAGGAGAUUUGGGUGCAGAGCUACGUCAGCCGUCCAAUCCUUUUGCGAACCUUGCAAAACGGGCUCUACGCCGUGCACAGGUCAACGGUCUCAAGGCCAUGGUCCCUGAUCUGGCUCCCGACAAAUCAAUCGUCUCCGCCAUAAUGCCCUCACAAGACCUCGGUGACGGCUACUAUCUCUUGCAUCCACGAGACACUCGAGUCCAUCUGGCAACCCCAGCGGAGACCGAUGCAAUUAUGGCCUUCUUUACUCAUAUCGAAAACCAUGGAGUGGAUUCAACCAAUAUUACUCGGUGGGCCCGUCUUCGUCUUCCGAAUGGGCAUGUUGCUCGAACGGCUUGGAAGGAGAAAGCCAAUGCAACGACCCGUGAGGCGCGAAAUGUAAAG